GGAUUUAGCCUCCAACGCCAGACUGAAGAGGCAUCAUGGGUUUAUCUGAUGCUUUGGCGUGGUACCAGAAUGUGUUAAGGAUUCGCUUUAUCUUUCGGGAUGUUGAGAGGAUUUAUUUUCCAUUACUCGCUGCCGUUAGUGUGCCUCUUAACGUGAUAACGAUUGUCAUCCUCUCCCGCGGAAAGUGCGGUCUCUCCAGAUGCGUCACUGGCUACCUCCUGGCCAUGGCAUCGGCGGACCUCCUCGUGGUGAUCUUCGACGUGAUAUGGAGGCACAUACCCAUUCUGUUUCGGGAAGACUUUCUGUUUCUGCAGGAUGUGGAAGUGUGCAACAUUCACGCUGCCCUGCUUUUUGCAUCCACUGACUGUUCUGUUUGGUUCACCGUCGCAUUCACCUUCGAUCGAACUGUGGCCAUUUGUAACCAGAAGCUGAAAGUGAAAUAUUGCAGUGAGAAAACGGCGGCUACGGUUGUGGGAACAGUGACGGUGCUGAGCUGUUUCAAGAACAUCAUCUGGUGCUUUAUGUAUAACCGCACCUAUCGUUUUGUAAAUGAUCCUAUGUUUUGUGGGAUCGAAUUCAGUGACCCUAAAUUACAGCUGUGGGCGUCUUUGGAACUUGCUCACUAUGCUGUCACACCCUGUGCCCCAUUUGCACUGAUCCUGCUGCUCAACAUUUUCACCGUCAGGCACAUUUUAGUGAGCAGCAGAGCCCGCAGCAGACUCCAGGCUCACAGCAAGGGGGAGAGUCCCAGAGACCCCGAGAUGGAGAGUCGAAGGAGAUCCAUCAUCUUAUUGUUUGCUGUCUCUGGCAAUUUCAUUGUCUUGUGGGCGGUGUUUACCGUCACCGCGAUACUUCAACAAAUCUCUCACCUGGAUAUGAUAUUCACCGUGCCGGACUAUCUCCCCGAUUUAGGCUUCAUGCUCCAGCUCCUGAGUUGCAGCACGAACACUGGGAUCUACGCCGUGACCCAGUCUAAGUUCAGAGGACAAUUUAAAAAUGUGGUCACAUACCCCAUCUGCCUGUUGACGAAAUUAACUAAACAGUGCGUGGAUGGUGGGCGUCUCCUCAACUCCAGGCCAUAA